AUGUUGGGCUUCCUCCACAGGAACACCCAGCUUAGAGCAGAUGUGGAGUGGUCAGGAGCUCUGGGCAGUGUGCAGGGCGCCUCUGACACAGAGACUCAGAAUGGGGCCCUGGGCCUGUGCCCCAGCAUGAGGCCAUGUCGCCUAAGAAGACCUACCUCGGGAGGUGAAGGCAGAGGGUCUGAUGGAGCCUGGAAUUGGAGACAGACUCUGUGCCUCGGCGGAAAAACUCCCCUGGCCUGCUGGGAGUCAUGGCUGAAGAUGAGGUGGUCCUGGCUGCCCGGCCUCUCCCGUGGUAGCAGCGAUGGUGCCUGUGUGGGGAGCCCACUUCUGUGCUUCCGCCUGGCCCACCACAGAUAG